AUGAGGGUCCGGUGCGGGUGCCUCCCACGACUAGUUAGACUACUCCGUAGUUCUCCAACAUUAACCUCCAGUCACGACAUUCCAGAGCACGUGAUUCGAAUCCCCAUGAGGGGUUGGAUGCAGGAAAAUAGAUUUUCCGGGAAUUGGGCGAGGGGCACUCCUGUCCUGCUCAUGGCGCCCGCACCUUUCUCAGUUGAGGAUGCAAGGAGCUCUCUCCUUGGGGAUGGCUUCUACCAUUUGGUUGACCCAGAGCCGCCGGAACAGAACGUCGAGAUGGAGCCGGAGGACUUUGCUCUUGCAUCCGAGUACGGCCUGGAUUUUUGCAAGCUGAAGGUCCUUGAUGAUAUGCGUGUUCGAUCUAUCCUCCAAUCCUUCUUCGGUUGGUCCGGGCUAGGACUCUAUCUACGAUACAGAAGAGACCCAGGCCACAUCUUCUCUUUCAGAAGGGGUGGUGCGAAGGCUGGUUUGCGCGUUCUGAUUGUUCAUAUAUGGAGCAAGGGGUCUCGGGCGACAUACUAUCGUGGUUCACAUUUACACUCGUUGCCUACCGUUAAAGCAGCGAAUGGCUUGUUCGAAAUACCAUCUGCAGGUUUGAGAAGCGCGGCCUGUCAAGGCGAAGACGUUGAAUUUGCAAACGGCGGCUUAGUCAUUCUUGAUGCCCGACUUGCCUUCGAGAUCAAACAAGGGUCCGCAACCACCUUUGCGUUUACAACUAAGAACGAGCUAGCGACAUGGGCUAAGAUGAUCCUGCCAAAGUCACCUGGGCUUGCACGUAAGGUCGCCGAAAUGGAGAGUACAGGCAUCGGCGUGAACUUUGCAUUCGAGGAAUGA